AUGAGUGAUGAAUUUUUAGAAUAUAGAGAUGUUGAAGAAUCUCAAUCUGGAUCUUCAAUUCCACAAUCAUCUGCACCUACUACUUUAAUUUAUGAUGAAAAAGUAUAUUGUAUAGUACCUGUAAUAAAACAUGAAAAAGAAGAAUUAUGUGAUAUAUCUUAUAAGUUUACAGUUUCUACUUCAAAUUUAAAAUAUCAUUUAAAUACAGUUCAUAAUAUAACUGAUAAUAAUAAGAAAAAUAAGAAAGAUAAAUAUCAACAAAAAAUUAGUUCAAUAUUCAACAAAAUAAUAUCUCAUGGAAAAUCACAACAAUAUAAAUUAAAUAUAGCAUUACUUGAAUUUAUUAUUACUAAUUCUCAACUAUUUAAUAUAUUAAAAAGUAAUAGAUUUAAAAAAUUUCUUUUUAAACUUGAUCCAGUAUUUGUUAUACCUUGUGAUAAAACUAUUAAAAUCUUAAUUUUAGAAACAUAUAAAGUUGAAACAGCAAAAAGUAAAACAGGAUAUAUAGGAAUAACUGCUGAUAUUAUUACAACUUAUUUAGAAAAAUAUAUUGAGAAUUAUAAUUUAGAAAAAAAAGUUAUUUAUAUAAUUACUGAUAAUAGUAGUAAUAUGAAAGUAGCAAUUAAUAUUUUAAAUAAUAGCAAUAAUAAUAUUCAAAGAUUAUUAUGCGUUGCAUAA